AUGAGUAGUCUUCAAAAUAAUUUACUAAAAGGACUUAUAGAUGAAGAUAUUAAUACUUAUACUAUGGAUGAACUAAUAGAUUAUUUAAUAGAUAAUGAUAUUGUAUUUGAUAAUGAGAAAGAAUUAGACAAAGAUAAGAAAUCAAAGCAAAUAAAAUUCUCAGCUAAUAUUACUGAAUUGGUUAAACGUAUUAAAAUUGUAAUGUCUAAACUCUUUAAAAAGUAUUACAAA